GCGUGAGACUUGAGAGGUCUGUUCCAGGUAACUUUGAAGACGCCAGCUACCAAAGUCAUCUUUUCAAAUGGUUUAAUUACCGUGCAAGCAGCAGCUAGCUUGGAAGACACGAUAUAGCUACUGUCUGUAGAUAGCUAGAUAAAUGAAGAACAAAAAAGAAUAUAGAAGAACAAGGAGAUGCAAUUUUGUGAGAACAAGGAUUGUUUUUCUUUGGGAACGCAUGCCACGGUCAGUAUAAUUUAGGGCUGAGUGGUGCGGGUCAUUUGGAGGCUCUCAGACACAUUAAAGGGGAACUUGGCUACUAUUUCAACUUAAUAAACCCGUUUAGAAAUCAUUUGGAUGGUUAAUUGACCUGUUCCGGUGAAAAUUGUGACUUUCCCGGCUCCCUCUAGCGUCCCCAGGCGGAAAACCAACCUUGCAACUUUUGGACUAGCGUCCCGAAAGGUUUGAAACAGGAAGUAUCGUGUGAAGCGAGAACCAGCGAGAAACACAAACUGCUUUACGGCAACUCCCCAUAAACGCACACGCCCCCCUCAGUACCGGUUAGCCACGCCGGCUAUAAGAGCAAGCGAAAAUGGAUUAUUUUUUUGAUGGUCAUCAUGGCAGAGGCAGCGAAAAGACAGAAGAGACGGUUCUCGGUGGAGGAGGCGAGGGAGAGGAAGAAAGCGGCUGACCGAGCGAGGGACCGCACAAGAGUAAACAUCGGUCGUGCGUUCACGGAAUGGCGUGAGCUAAGGGAAAGCGAAGGAUGCAAAACAGAUGCUGACCUGGCGUUACUGCUAAUGCAAUUCUACAAGCGCUGGGAAGUGACCACAUCCACGCCACGCAAGGGCCAGUCCAGACCACCACAACCAGUGGUGUCGAGUAUCGUUCAUUCAUUUUUUCAAUCAGAGAAAUACAAGCUCCUGAGCUUGGUGUUCAACCACUGGUUGGAGAGGGAGAGAUAGAGGUUUUGGAAUCCAGCAUGCACUCUCUGGAUAUCACUAAAGACGAAAGCCCAGAUUCACCAGAUGAAGAGGCGCUCAAUGAUUUGAGGAAUACCUACAUUGCCAUGGAUGAUUUUUGGGCUCAUCCAAGUAAUUUGGAAGAUGAGGACAGCUCCGAUGAGGACUUUGUCCCAUCUCUUCAUUUGAGAAAUGUUGGUGCCAAAACAGACAAGCUUCCUGAAAUCAGUGUGGACGAAGCUGUGUUUGAUUUUGUUGUAGCUGCUCCUCCUGUAGAGGAAUCAGAUUCAGAAUCUGUUUCGGACCAACAGAGAGUCACUACAGAGGAACACUUGGUUGGUAAAUGUGCCAACAUGACCUACAAUGACAAUCUCCUUCUACUUGCUCGGCACCUGAAACUACCCCUCAAGAACUGCAAGCACGUGGACAGACUGUCUGGUGUUCCAUGUCCUGGUGUGCCACCAUUUCAGAUGACCCUGAAACUUCGGGGGACUGGAGCAGUUUUGGAAUGGUUAUGCCCCUUCGGACACAGCCAGUGGAAAUGGAACUCGCAGCCAACUUUAAAGUUUGGCAUGCAGGGUGGGGACUUCAUGCUGAGCACAAACAUACUUCUGUCUGGCAACAACUACAGAAAAGUAGCUCUGCUUUUCAAGUUCAUGGCCAUGGGUAUGGUAACAGAAUCCACAUACUACCGUAUCCAAGACGCAUACUGCAUAGAGCCUGUCCAAGAAUUCUGGGACAACAUCAGGGCAGAAGUCUUGGAGCGGAUGCGCCAAAAGGACCAUAUUGUUGUCCUAGGACACUGUGCUCAAUAUUGCACAUAUACAACAAUCGAACAAGACUCGCGAGACAUCCUCCACAUUGUUUCUGUGGACAAAAGGGAGACCAGUCGCAACUCGGUGAUAAUGGAGAAAGAAUGCUUCAUUCGCACCAUGGAUGCUCUGCUCCCGAAUGUCAAAAUAAAAGAAGUGGUUACUGAUGCUCACCCACAGAUCACUGCAUUGCUGAAUCCAGAACGUGGACGAUAUAAAGCAUGGGGUUUACAGCAUUCGCUUGACAUUUGGCAUGCUGCUAAAAGUCUUAGCAAAAGGCUUCGAAAGUCAGGCUGGAGCAGUGAAGGGGCAGAAUCCAAUUCAGGUCUGGGCCCGAGACAUUGUCAACCACUUUUGGUACUGCAGCAAACAGGCUUCCACAGAGGAGGAAUUCAAGUCGAUGUGGGUUGGUGUGAUGCAUCAUGUCCGCAACGAACAUUUUUGGGCAACCGGUUGCUGUCAGCAUGAGCCGCUGGAGGAAGGCAGCCAAGACAAGCCUUGGAUGGAGCAAG